UCAGCCGACUCUCGCUUCUGACUUUCUCUCUCGCUCUCUGCAAAUUCACGCCAAAAAUUCAUGGCUUUUCGUCUCAGACGCCAAACAUAGUCUAGAUUCCCUCUAUUUCCCUGCAAAUCAAUCACUCUGAUUCUCCCACUUUUCGUUUAUCCAAAGAUCUCUCUCUAUCAAUAUCAAUGCCUUUCCAUUUCACAUAGUCUCUCUCUGUCUCUGUAUGUGUGAUGGAUAAUAGAUUCGGUUUCUCGGAUUCGAACGAACUCAGCAAUAGCAGCAGCAUAUGCUCCGUGGCGACUAACGCCGAAACCCUCUCCUCCGAGCCAUCACCGGCUCCGGAUAUCUCUGCCCUUCGCCGACUCUCUGAGAAUCUCGAAUCGAUCUUCGUCUCGCCCGGCUCGGACCACUUCGCCGACGCCAAGAUCGUCCUCAGUAGUACUACUACUAAUGGCCGCGAAGUCCCAAUACACCGUUGCAUUCUCGCGGCGAGGAGUCCUUUCUUCAAGAGCUUGUUCUCCGGUUCCUCUCCGGCGGCGAAAUGCGGCGAGUUCGAACUUAAGGAGCUAGCGAGAGAUUACGAGGUCGGGUUCGAUGCGCUAGAGGCGGUCUUGGCUUAUCUGUACAGUGGCAAGGUGAAGCCUCUGCCUAAAGAUGUAUGCGUUUGCGUUGACGAAGAUUGCCCCCACGAGGCAUGCAGGCCCGCCGUGGAUUUCAUGGUCGAGGUGCUCUAUGCCUCGUUCACAUUCCAGAUUUCUGAGCUGAUAGCUCUUUAUCAGAGGCAACUACUAGGCAUUCUUGAAAAGGUUGCAAUAGAUGACAUUUUGGUGGUUCUAUCUGUUGCAAACAUGUGUGGUAAAGCAUGUGAAAGAUUGCUGGCAGGGUGUAUUGAGAUUAUUGUCAAAUCUGAUGUUGACAUUGUUACUCUUGAUAAAGCCCUUCCCCAACAUAUUGUCAAACAAAUCAUGGAUUCACGAAAGGAACUUGGCUUGUACACGCUUGAAAGCAAUAGUUUUCCAGAUAAACAUGUAAAGAGAAUACAUAGGGCCCUGGACUCGGAUGACGUUGAAUUAGUCAGAAUGCUACUAAAAGAGGGUCAUACUAAUCUAGAUGAUGCAUUUGCUCUCCACUAUGCGGUGGCAUACUGUGAUGCAAAGACCACAACCGAGCUUCUUGAUUUUGCUCUUGCUGAUGUUAACCAUAGGAAUUUGAGGGGCUACACCGUGUUGCAUGUUGCUGCGAUGAGGAAAGAACCUAAGAUCAUAGUAUCCCUCCUAACAAAGGGAGCCAGACCAACGGAUCUUACAUCGGAUGGUAGAAAAGCAAUUCAGAUCUCAAAGCGGCUCACGAAGGCCAUGGACUAUUAUAAGUCCACUGAGCAAGGAAAAGCUUCUCCCAAGGAUCGGUUAUGUAUAGAGAUAUUGGAGCAAGCAGAAAGAAGAGAUCCAUUGCUAGGAGAGGCUUCUCAUUCUCUUGCUAUGGCUGGCGAUGAUCUCCGUAUGAAAUUGUUGUACCUUGAAAAUAGAGUUGGACUGGCAAAACUUCUAUUCCCCAUGGAAGCAAAAGUUGCAAUGGAUAUUGCCCAAGUUGAUGGCACUUCUGAGUUUCCAUUGGGCAUGAAGUCUAAGAGUAACGCCCAGAGAACAACUGUUGACUUAAAUGAGGCGCCUUUCAGAAUCCAAGAGGAGCAUCUGCAUAGGAUGAGAGCACUCUCUAAAACUGUGGAGCUUGGAAAACGCUUCUUCCCUCGUUGCUCAGAAGUCCUUAAUAAGAUAAUGGAUGCUGACGAUAUAUCACAACUGGCAUACUUGGGGAAUGACAGUGCAGAGGAGAGACACUUGAAGAAACAAAGGUAUAUGGAACUCCAAGAAGUUCUAAAUAAGGCGUUCAAUGAAGAUAAGCAGGAGUUUGGUAGGUGUGCUAUGUCAUCCUCGGCAUCUUCCACAUCCAGAGGGAUGGUGAAGCCUAAUGGUAAGCACACCAUCAACAAAUAAAUAGUCAGAUAAAAAGAUGCAAAAUACCUCUUUUUUCUUCUUGGUUUCUCAUCUCCUUUUUUUUUUUUUUUUCCCCUCGUUUCUGUGUCAUAUGUGUAUGUAUUAAAUUGAUUAUAGGCAGAGGGGGACUGUGAUUGUUAUCAUUGUUAUCUACUUAUCUUAAUUGCAUUACAGAUUUGGAGUGA